UUGCGCCACUUCAACCUCAAAACAAAACACGAGAGGAGGAGAUUCAAAGUGGGACCUGUAACGGUGCGCAUUUUUUCAGUUAUCGCCUCGGUUAACGUCUCACGAAGUCAAAAUGACACUUCACAUGACAUUCCAGGAAAUGUGCACUCGACAAGAGGUUGGUUUUGUGUGUGAUAAUGAGUCCAUGGCGCCCCUGACCAAGCGAGAGUCCUUCAACGACUUGGUUAUCAAGUUGGCCUCCAAGUGUGAGAUGAACCUUGUCUUCCUCACGGGAGCAAGGAACAAAGUGUUACACUUCACCAUCGAUGUCGUGCCCGAGGACCCCGUCCACGGCACGGCGGUGACAGUGACUAAAAGCAAAGGGCGCAGAGGCAGCGAGUACCCUAAAGGAUACGAGGCUGUGGCGGCGGCCUGUCAGCAGGUGGUGGCCAAUAGCUAUCACGGCCUGCAUGCUAUUGCAAAGCUUGACAAAUCAAAUAUGCCAGAUAAUGCAAGCAGAAAUAUGUAUACAUUUGCCCAGUUUGUCAAUUUCCUUGUCCAUGGGAUUGAGGCUUAUUUCAUGUUUGCUAAAGCUAACGAGCAGUUUGUGUUGAAUGCCAUGAAUCUGUGGGAGACGCUAGAGGAUCUCAUGAUGGAUGGAUGCUACAUUGUGAUGGCUUGGCAGUAUGAGGAAGAUCCCAGGAAAGAUUGUGUACCAAGGACACCGUUGUCAUCACUCAUCAACAACAUAAAAGAGCCAGAGCCAUUGCCAGUUGUUGAGCCAGUUCAGCCAGUUGUGUUAAAGGAGACCAAGAGGCAAGUCACCACAACCACCACGACCUCAAAGAGCACCAGGGCUGACGCAGUUGGCUGCAUGAGUGCUCGAACUCUCCUUGGUGAGGGAGGCCUGAUGUGUCAACAUCAACCAUUAAUAAUCACAACUACAAAGGGAGGAAAACGAGGCAGGCGCAGCAUUGCAGCUCGUGUCCAGGAGGCCAGUGAAGCAAGCACUGAUGAAGAAGACACAGAAAUAUCUUUUAAGGUUAAGCCAGAGAUGAAGAAAACACCAGAGAUACAAUAUCAUCCAGACAUCUUGGUUAACAGUGCAGAGUCUGUUGUGCAAAAGACUUCACCCAGAGCAGUACAAAAUCCAUCACCAAAAAGGUCAUUCUCUGAGAGACAAAAUGUGUCUCCUAAAAAGUCAAAAUCAAUGGAGGUUGAAGAACCAGCAGCUCCCAUAAGUAAAGAAGACACCAUGCCAGAGGACUUCACCUUUGGUUUUGACAAACCUCAGGUCAAGACCAGUGGACGGAAGAGCACAGCACGGAAGAGCAUGGUCCCAGAUUGGCCAGAAGAGCAGAAAGAAGACAUCCUGUACUUCUUUGAUAACCUUAACCCAUCACAAACAGAGCAGUCACGUAUUGCUCUAACAUGCAAAUAUGUUUCCAUGAAGUAUUCAAGAGAAUUUUCCUCCAAGACGUUGUAUCAAUGGGUUCAGAAGAAGGGCCGUUCAGUCAGUACAGAAGUCACCAAUUAUGAAUUACCAGAAAGCAAACAUCAGGAGACAACACUGACUUUCUUCCGAUCAUUGGAUUCCAGUCUCUCAGAAGCUAGUCGUAUUGCUUUUACCUGCAAGUUCAUGCAGACGCAGUAUAGUGUAAGUGUCACAUCGAAGAACCUGUAUGACUGGCUUAAUGAUAAGGGGAAAAAGUCAACCAGACGACGAUAAUGAGCUUUAGUGUGAGUGAUUAUGGAUACCUUAUUUCAGUUUUCUUUUUAGUGAAAUUUUUUUGUGUUGCAUUGCUUACAAUGUUUUUAAUUUUUAAUAUGCUGCUUCUUUAACAACUGUUAAUAGCAAUGUUGCUUCUAUUUCUGAUUUUGGAUGUUACUUGAUAUGUAAUUUGAUAUUUUGAGUCCAAGUUUUGAAUUAUUUCAAAGAAACUUCAUUUAACCCCCAUUUUUAAACAUAAUACCAGUUGAUUUUUCUGGGAAACUUUUUAUGUUUACAGAUGCACAUUGUUAUAUUUGUUUACUGUAUUCAUGAUACCUGCUUCAUUUUAUGGCAGUACAAUCACUUACUACACAAAUAUUGUAGGUCAGAUGGGUGUUUUCUGUUUAGAAUGACCAAUAUUAUUUAUAUAGUUAUCUAAGACAGAGGUAACAGUUAUUUAAUAAUGAUUGGAAAGCUCACAUUCAAGCUGUUACUUGGAACUGGAGUAUAUGUGAAAAUAGAAAUAUGAAAUAUGAAGGUAUUGAAGAUUCCAUGCAAGUUUGUAUGUAUAAGUAAAGAAAUACAGAAAAAAUAAUAACGAUUCAUCUUGAGUUUUAUAGAUUUCCAAAUAUUGUUAUCAAUAAACUAUCAACCAAA